CUCCGGUGUCUGUCCUUGCAUGGCUGCCACACAUGUACAUAGACACAUGUACUUGCGUGCAUAGUACACAUCACCCACAGCCUGACCAAUUUGACAGGGAAGCCAACAACAACACCAAUAAUACUAACUACGACGCCCCUUGGGCCCGGCCACGGCCACGGCCAACACCAUCCAUCCAUCCAUCCAUCCGUUGCAAAGUCGACGGGCCCCUUCUGCAAGUGACAGAUGUCAGUCGCAUGCAGAGCGACUGCUAAUGGCAGGUUGGGCAUAGUGCGACGUCUCUGCGCC